UUUAUUUUUUAUAAUAGUACACUUACAUGUAAAAUAAAUAUUCCAUUUUUUUCUUUCCCCUUUUGGUAAACAAAAUGUUCAAUUUCUAUACGUACCCAAUGGAAUGAAACUCCCCUCAAGUAAAAUGGACAAAAGUAUCUCAAAAAAAUAGGUCCUAAAAUUACAUAAAAUGAGAAGAGCUCAAAACAGGGCGGGAAAGAAAAGUUCCACAAAAUGGCGGGAAACCCAUAAACAUAGAUAAGGGACAGGACGUGAAACUUAAAUCGAUUUCUUCAACCAAUCUACCAUGGAAUCCAGUUCAGACUCAGAUGGCUCUCACAUCUCCGCCACUCCGCCAAGGAACACUAAACUCUCACGGCAACGACCACCUCGACCACCACCACAGCCACAGCCAAAGCCUUUGGAGCCAAAGUUAAAACCAAAGCCAAAGCCUGCCCUUCUACCCUCCCACAAAUCCAUACUUAGAUUCAGAGCCUCGUCCAAAUCCAACCCCAUUUCCGAACCCAAAAAUCCCUCUUCCGAGCCCGCCCGACCCGACCCACCACCCGAUCCAUCUCCCCUUCUCUCCCCUAUUUUACCUUACCAGAUAUGCCGCUGGCCGUCCGAUCCAUCCCGUGCGAUUCCCGCCGUUGAUUCCGGCGAUACCCUUCUCGCCCCGCAGGGCCGACACUUCUACAAGUCACCGUCGUUCUCGAAAAUUCGACGAACCACCAUCAAUUUCGAUUCUUUCGAAGUCGACGAGCCGUCGUCUUCUUCUUCGGCGUCAAAGUCUCAGCCGAAGGCAGAGAAUGGUGGGUCUGAUUCUUCUGUGCCCGAUUGGGUACCACCAGAGCCCAAGCGUGAAGUGGCUAGCGGGUCUGGAGUUUCAGCCAUAGCUGUAAAGAAACGUUUCGAUUUGGUCGGAGGCAAUGUGCCUUCGGUGCCUGUAAAGUUCCGAAAAAGUGGGGCUGAGGGGAACUUCGUCAAGCUCAACCUGAAUCGCAGGAAACGCAAAUUUGUGAACAGAAGAGGAAAUAGCAGUUCAUCAGGUCGGCGAAAAUUUUAUAGAAAGGGCAAAAGGAAAUUGAAAUCACAAGGUGAAAAUGAGGGUGAGACUGUUGGUGAAGAAGAUGAGUUGGUUACAGAUGCUAUUGUACAACAACAGAAUCGGAAGCAGGACAGUAAAAGACCGAAAUUUGAUUCCGAAUUGUUUGAAGAGGCGGUUUUGGCGGCUCGACAUGAGCCGUCGGAUGAGAACUUGGUGAAAUUGUUGACUCUAACUUAUGGGUACGAUUCAUUCCGAGAUGGGCAGUUGGAGGCGAUCAAGAUGGUGCUUGAAGGAAAGUCGACAAUGCUUGUUUUGCCUACGGGUGCUGGCAAAUCGUUGUGUUAUCAGUUGCCCUCCAUAAUUUUACCUGGGGUUACUUUGGUUGUUAGUCCAUUGAUUGCAUUGAUGAUUGACCAGCUGAAGCAGUUGCCUCAUAUGAUUCGUGGUGGUCUUUUGAGUAGCAGUCAGAGACCUGAAGAAGCCUCCGAGACAAUUAGGCUGCUUCAACAAGGGGCCAUAAAGGUGCUUUUAGUUUCGCCAGAGAGGUUUUUGAAUGCAGAAUUUCUAUCCAUAUUUUCCGCCACCACAGUUAUAUCUCUUGUUGUGGUGGAUGAAGCUCAUUGCAUUUCUGAAUGGUCACAUAAUUUCCGUCCCUCAUUUAUGAGGCUCAGAGCAUCUUUGCUUCGUGCCAAGCUCAAUGUCAACUGCAUUCUUGCAAUGACAGCUACUGCCACAGCCAUGACUUUGGGUUCUGUGAUGUCAGCUUUAGAGAUUCCUCCAACCAAUCUCAUUCAAAAAGCCAUACUGAGGGAUAAUUUACAACUUUCAGUGUCAUUGAGCAGAAAUAGAAUGAAAGAUCUGCUGAUGUUGAUCAAGUCUACUUCAUUCACGGAUGUUCAGAGCAUCAUUAUCUACUGCAAGUUUCAGUUUGAAACUGAAAUGAUAAGCCGAUACUUAUGCGAUAAUAAUAUUUCUGCAAAGAGUUACCACAGUGGCAUCCCUGCAAAAGAUCGUAGUCGUGUGCAGGAGUUGUUUUUCACUAACAAGAUUCGUGUGGUUGUUGCAACUGUGGCCUUUGGCAUGGGCCUUGACAAGAGGGAUAUUGGUGCUGUGAUUCAUUACACCUUGCCAGAAAGCUUGGAGGAGUAUGUUCAGGAGAUUGGACGUGCUGGACGGGAUGGGAGGUUGUCCUAUUGCCAUCUUUAUUUUGAUGAGGAUACAUAUUUCAAACUUCGCAGUCUUAUGUAUAGUGAUGGCGUGGAUGAAUAUGUGGUGAACAAAUUCCUCUGUCAAGUAUUCACCAGUGAUGAGAGCUUGCAUGGGAAAAUUUGUUCGUUGGUUAAAGAAACUGCAUCCCGCAAGUUUGAUAUGAAAGAAGAGGUGAUGCUCACACUUCUAACACAGUUGGAGUUGGGUGAAGUGCGGUAUUUGCAUUUACUUCCAGAGUUAAAUGUAACGUGCACUUUGAAUUUUCAUAAGACAUCCCCAGUUUUGCUUGCUGGAAAUGAUGCUGUUGUUGCUGCAAUUCUGAAAAAGUCUGAGACUAAGCAAGGACAAUAUGUGUUUGACAUACCGACUGUGGCAAAUAGCACUGGAGUUACAGCUACCAUCCUAUCAAACCAUUUACAGAAUUUAAAGUUGAAAGGAGAAGUAACAUAUGAAGUGAAGGACCAAGCCUACUGUUAUACAAUUGUUGAAGUCCCUGCAGAUCUUUGUUCUCUAUCAGCACAUCUUACAAAAUGGUUAUCAGAGGUGGAAAGUUGCAAGGUGCGGAAGUUGGACACAAUGUUUAAUGCGGCAGUCUUUGCUGUAAAUGCUUGUGAGAAGGUGCAAGGUUGUUGUGAUGGCCAGCACACACUAAGUUUGCAAAGGAAUAUUUUGCAAUAUUUCAAUGAAGAUGAUAAUUCUGAAGUCCCUAAUAAGAUGGGUAAAGACAGCCGAUUUUUGCGAGCAGAUAUAAAAGUCUUUCUGCAGAGCAAUUCACAGGCCAAAUUCACCCCCAGAGCUGUUGCAAGGAUAAUGCAUGGUAUUGCAAGCCCAUCCUAUCCUUCCACAUUCUGGUCUAAAACUCACUUCUGGGGAAGAUAUACAAAUAUAGACUUCCAGGUGGUAAUGGAAGCAGCAAAGGCAGAAUUGAUCAAUUUUGUGAGGAAGGAUGCAGUGUAGCUUCUUAGAGUCAGGCAUGCUGUCUUGUAUAGCAAUCAGGAGGAUGGCAUUUGUAGAUUGGAAUCAGAUAAACAAAAUUUCUCAACUCUAGGGCUCCAGGAACUCAGUUAUACCAUUAGUAGGAAUGGCAAAGCCCAAAUCUACAUGAACACGAAGAAUAAGGGUUUAUUAAGGAAGGGCCAUAUAAGGUUAUAAUUUAAAGAUUCAAGCUCAGAAUGGGAAGGAUCUGAACUCAGGCUGUUGGUUGAGUGGACGAAGGGUGUUUGUUGUCAUUAUCGAUGGCUUUGAUAUGCAAAAAAGUAGAUAAAGAAACGUAAACUAUGCAAUUAAGUUUUAAUAAUGGUCGGUUACGAGUCAAAUUAUCUUAAAGGUGGAAGUUUGCUCUAAUUGGAUUACGGCAGAAGUGAAUUGGACGUCUUGUAGCUUGCCACGACAGCGAUUUACUAUAAAACGCUACUGCUGGAGAAAUUUCAUGAGUUUUUGUAAAGCAAUAUGUUACAAAUAUUAGUUAUAUGCGCAAAGUUUACAGAUAAUCCAUCCAACUUGGUCCAUUUGGAGAUAAUUAAGCCAUAGAAAGACUAAAAAGCUAAUGAAAAAAAAAAAAAAAAAAACCAAAAUUUUCAAGUCUUCUUAGGGAUUGCAACCCAUUUGGAAGACGUGCACAACUCAAACGAUCAUUCAUUCGUAUGGUAAAUUUUCAAUCCUUCUUAGGGGUUGGAACCCAUUUGGAAGACUUGCACAACUCAAACACCCAUUCAUUCAUGGCAAAAUUUUAAAAGUACAAAGAGGGAAA